GAGAAGUGGUGGAGCUGCUCCGGAAUUAACAAACCACUCUAAUUUCUCUAUAAAUUAUCCCAGUUGCUGAGUUGAUUUUAGCGAUCGUUUGAUGAACAGCAUGCUGUUGUCUGCCUCAGGAAAUCUACUAUGACUUAAGCCCUGAAAACCACCAGAGGUUCCACGUUCCAAGAAUUCACCUGUGUUGUAUGCAAAGCCUUUCAAAAAACAAUGGCCAGACUGCUGCAAGCUCCACCCAAGUUUCAUCCUUCAGAAUGGCAUGUCGCAAACAAGAUGCAGUGUGCCAGUACAGAGUCUCAGAAAUCCAGUUCAGAGCGCUUAGUAGCUGAGAGUCGAAGACUGGUGGAUGAAAUAGAAAAGACAACUCAGAAAACCCAAAGCAGUGUCAACAAGAAAAUAGAACAGAGACUGGAAGAAACAAAGUUCUGGAAGCAAGAAUUAGAUAACACACUUGAACAACUUGUUAAUGAGACAGAGGUACUGUUAACUUUCAAGAUCAGGCUGGAGAAAGCCUUGGAAAGCUGCAAAGAGCCACUUGUAAUUUCCCAGAAGUGUCUCCUGAACAGGCAGAGACGAGCUGGGACUGACUUGGUGCAUGAUGAAGUGGAACAGGAACUGGUCAAAGAAGCUGAAGUUCUGCAGGGGGUUAUUGCUUUGCUUGAACGUACAUUAGAACAAACCAAUGAGCAACUCAGACUAAACCGUUCCACAAAAUACAACCUGGAAAUGGAUGUGAAAGACAAGUUCGCAGCUUUGAUGAUUGACAAUUACUGCGCUAACUUGACAAACAACACUGCUGAUGUCAGAUACCCUGAUAAAACAGUGAAAAUAGAAGAAAAUUUUGUUAGCCCUGAAGACUGGUUAUAUUUCUCAAAUAUAAAUGUUGAAAAGGCUGACAAGGAGAGAAACAAUUCAAUGGCACUAAGGGUGCUGAUUGACAGCAUCCUCUCCCAGGCAGUGAAUGACAUGUGCAAGCAAUGUGAGAUGGUGAAUAUUGCAUUUAGAAAUAGAGCAAAGGAAGUCAGAGAUGCCAAGCACAAGCUAGAGACACUCCUUGCAGUGUGUGCUGUGCUUUCUUCUGUCGGAUUUGUUAAGGUGAUGGAGGAGACUGCCUCACAGGAGAUGAACAUUGUAGCCUUAAAGAAAGCAAUUGCUGAUAAAGAAGGACCUGUUAAAGUGGCUCAAACCCGCUUGGAAGCAAGAAACCAUCGCCCUGGUGUGGAAUUAUGUUAUGACGCAGUGCAAUAUAGGUUGACUGGUGAAGUUCAAGAGAUUACAAGAAAUAUUCAGAGGUUAAAGGACACACUGGCACUGGCUGAAACAGAGCUGAAAGGUCUGAGACGUCGACAGCUUUCCCUGGAGGAGGAGAUCCAGAUCAAGGCAGAUACGUUAUACAUCGAUGAAGUGCUCUGCAUGCCCAUGAGAGAGUCUGUUUGCAUUAACAAUUUUUGAAGCCAUA